GCCAGCAGGAGCUCACCGGCGCCGGGCCGCGGACCGAAUCGUGCUAGGAUUCCAGAAUUGGAGGAGGAGGCAAGAUGAAGACUCUCCUGCUGUUGGUGGGGCUGCUGCUGACCUUGGAGAAUGGACAGGUGCUGGGAGACAAGGCAGUGUCAGACAGAGAGCUCCAGGAAAUGUCCACGCAGGGGAGUAACUACAUUAAUAAGGAAAUUAAAAAUGCCCUCAAGGGGGUGAAACAGAUAAAGAACCUAAUAGAACAAACAAACGAAGAGCGCAAGUCGCUGCUGGGCACCUUAGAGGAAGCCAAGAAGAAGAAAGAGGGUGCCUUAAAUGAUACUAAGGAUUCUGAAAUGAAGCUGAAGGAGUCCCAGGGGGUGUGCAAUGAGACCAUGACAGCCCUCUGGGAGGAGUGCAAGCCCUGCCUGAAGCAGACCUGCAUGAAGUUCUACGCACGUGUCUGCAGAAGCGGCUCGGGGCUGGUUGGCCACCAGCUUGAGGAGUUCCUGAACCAGAGCUCUCCCUUCUACUUCUGGAUCAACGGUGACCGCAUCGACUCCCUGCUGGAGAACGACCGGCAGCAGACCCACGUACUGGACGUCAUGCAGGACAGCUUCGACCGGGCGUCCAGCAUCAUGGACGAACUUUUCCAGGACAGAUUCUUCACCCGCGAGCCCCAAGAUACUUACUACUACUCGCCCUUCAGCUCACCCCACAGGAGGUCCUCUCUCUUAUUCAACCCCAAGUCCCGCUUCGCCCGGAACAUAAUGCAUUUCCCCAUGUACCGCCACCUGAACUUCAACGACAUGUUCCAGCCUUUCUUUGACAUGAUCCACCAGGCCCAACAGGCCAUGAAUCUGCACCUCCACAGACUUCCCGACCAGCUCCCCAUGACGGAAUUCUCAGAAGGAGACAACCAUGACCGCACCGUCUGCAAGGAGAUUCGUCACAACUCCACGGGAUGCCUGAAGAUGAAGGACCAGUGUGAGAAGUGCCAGGAGAUCUUAUCAGUGGACUGUUCGACCAACAACCCCUCGCAGAUGCAGCUGCGGCAGGAGCUGAACAACUCCCUCCAGCUCGCUGAGAAGUUCACCAAGCUGUACGACGAGCUGCUGCAGUCCUACCAGGAGAAGAUGCUCAACACCUCCUCCCUGCUGAAGCAGCUCAACGAGCAGUUCAGCUGGGUGUCCCAGCUGGCGAACCUCACGCAGGGCGAGGACCAGUACUAUCUCCAGGUCACCACGGUGUCUUCCCACAAUUCCGACUCCGAGGUUCCCUCUGGCCUCACUAGGGUGGUUGUGAAGCUCUUUGAUUCCUACCCCAUCACGGUGACGGUGCCAGAAGUAGUCUCCAGGAACAAUCCUAAGUUUAUGGAGACGGUGGCGGAAAAGGCUCUGCAGGAGUACCGCCAGAAGAACCGGGAGGAAUGAGAUGUGAAUGUUGCUCCUCCAAGUAUGGGGGCCUCUGAAUCCAGUUGCCCCCGAGAUGAGCCACAAGCCCUAGAGAGAGCUCUGCAUGUCACAAGCGCCCGGCCCAGCCUCGAGGCCCCCUGAGCCUCCCAGCCGCCCUCCGAUCCCGCCUCUAAUGCCUGCGUUUGCUGAUCACGGGAAGAAGCCCCACACGCCACUAACUCAAUAAAACGGCCUUGUAAUCUG